CGGACAGCCGCAGACCGCCUCCCACACAGGCCGCUCCCCCUGCCGCUGGUCGGGGCCGCGUGACGGGAUCCGGCUCCGAGUUUCACGGCGCCCGGCCCGCCUCCGCCUCAGGAACAGCAAAUCCUUUUAAUAUUCUCCACCUGUAAAAGAUGCCCUCCUACCUUCAGCUGGGAUCCACUUUGAAUUAGCCAUGUGAGAAUCAGGGCAAAACACUGGAUUAUUUUUUUUUAAGUCUGCAAGAGUAGUGUUAUUAGUUAAGAUGUCCUACUUAAUCAAUGGAAUUAAACAUUGCAGUCCUGUGAAUCAGAUUCACAAAAUAACAGGAGCUCUGUUUAAAGCGCACCUAUUAAGGAACACAUGGGGCAUCAAGGAGCAACAAUUAAAAAUCUCACGUGCAUUGUCUCAGCUUAGUUCUGAAAAGGCAAACUCUUAUAAUUAUGUCAUUGUUGGAGCUGGAUCAGCAGGGUGUGUGUUAGCCAACAGGCUGACUGAAGACCCUCACAGUACCGUACUGCUUUUGGAAGCAGGCCCUAAAGACACCCUUUUAGGUAGUAAAAGACUACUGUGGAAGAUUCAUAUGCCUGCUGCAUUAACUUAUAACCUCUGUGAUGAGAAAUAUAACUGGUAUUAUCACACAACUUCACAGAAGCAUAUGGAUAACAGAAUUAUGUACUGGCCCCGAGGAAGAGUGUGGGGUGGUUCCUCUUCUCUCAAUGCAAUGGUAUAUAUUCGUGGGCACGCAGAAGAUUAUAAUCGAUGGAGCAGAGAAGGGGCUAUAGGAUGGGACUAUGAUCAUUGCUUGCCCUAUUUUAAGAAAGCGCAGACACACGAGCUGGGAUCAGAUCAGUAUCGAGGUGGAGAAGGACCUCUUUAUGUGUCAAGAGGAAAAACAAACCAUCCUCUUCAUCAAGCAUUCCUGGAUGCAACCCAGCAAGCUGGGUAUCCCUUCACAGAUGAUAUGAAUGGUUAUCAACAAGAAGGAUUUGGCUGGAUGGACAUGACUAUACACCAAGGUAAAAGAUGGAGCACAGCUAGUGCUUACCUUCACCCAGCUCUAUCUCGCCCCAAUUUAUCAGUUACUGAGAAGACGCUUGUAACAAAGGUCUUGUUUCAAGGAACAAAAUCCAUUGGUGUUGAGUAUGUGAAAAAUGGACAAAGGGAAAAGGCUUUUGCCAGUAAAGAAGUUAUUUUAAGUGGAGGUGCCAUAAAUUCUCCACAGCUACUUAUGCUGUCUGGGAUUGGCAAUGCAGACGAUUUAAAAGAACUGGGGAUCCCUGUUGUAUGCCACCUUCCUGGAGUAGGCCGGAAUCUUCAAGAUCAUUUAGAAGUGUACGUCCAGCACAAGUGCACAAAACCUAUUACUCUAUACAGUGCACAAAAGCCAGUUAACAUGGUGAGGAUUGGUCUAGAAUGGCUUUGGAAGUAUACAGGUGAGGGAGCCACUGCUCACUUAGAAUCUGGUGGGUUUAUCCGAAGUCAGCCAGGAGUUCCUCACCCCGACAUUCAGUUCCACUUUCUCCCUUCUCAGGUGAUUGAUCACGGUCGGGUUGCUUCCACGAUGGAAGCUUACCAGGUCCAUGUAGGACCCAUGAGGAGUGCAAGUGUUGGCUGGCUAAAGCUGAAGAGUGCAGAUCCAAACGACCAUCCUAUCAUUGAGCCUAACUACAUGUCGGAAGAAAGAGAUAUUUGGGAAUUCCGCCAGUGUGUCAAGUUGACCAGAGAGAUCUUUGCUCAGAAAGCUUUUGAAAAAUUUCGUGGACCUGAAAUUCAACCAGGAAACAACGUUCAGUCUGACAAAGAAAUAGAUGCCUUUAUAAGACAGAAGUCUGAUAGUGCUUAUCAUCCUUCUUGCACUUGUAAAAUGGGUCAGCCUUCAGAUAGCACCGCUGUUGUUGAUCCCCAAACAAAAGUAAUUGGUGUUGAAAAUUUGAGAGUAGUAGAUGCCUCAAUAAUGCCCAGCAUAGUCAGUGGAAACUUGAAUGCCCCUACUAUUAUGAUAGCAGAGAAAGCUGCAGAUAUAAUUAAGGGGCUCCCAUCACUUCAGGAGAAAAACGUUCCUGUAUAUAAGCCCAAGACCUUGGAGAAACAACGAUAAACACUGUUGUCAUCCUUUCACAUUUUUGCCACUUAGUUUUUCAUCUGUGUGUUUGUAUCUCAAUUGGAAGGGCCAACAAAAUAAAUACCGUAGAAAAAUACACAUCACAGUAAAGCAGCUAUUAAUUUGGUCCAUUCUGUUAUACCAGAUUAGAUAUAUAUAUAUAUAUAUUUAAAUCAGUUGGUUCAAGCUGUUUAUUUUAGUUAGACAGGAAGAGAUCAGUGUGAGUUAUUUUGAAAGUCUUUAUGAUAAGUCUUAUUAUUUAAAGGAAGAAUUUUAACUGUUUUGAGAUUAUUACCCAAGAUUACAGCUACUCAGUAAUUCCCACAUUCUGCAAAGUAAAUGCAAGCAUUUAUGUACUUACAGGCCAAAGUAGUAGUAUCAGAAUUCACAGAAGAGACACUUAACAUGUCCAGAGCUUGUCAGAUGUGUUUUUUAUGGAAAGAAUGCAUAAUUUACAAAUCUUUUCUAGAAGUUGGACUUUACUAUACUUAGCACUCUUAACUUAGAAAAAAAGACAUAAAAUACAUUUAUCAAAAACUUUUCUUCUAAUAAAUGAAGAAAUAGAACUGAUAUUUAUAAAAGCAUAUUGGAAAGCUGGAUUUUACCCUUGCUUUUUUUUUUUUUUAAUUUUUUUCAAGAAACAAUAGAAUUCAGUUUGCAAUUUAAGCUCAUUUAGUUGUGCUGCUUUAUCUUGUACCAUUGUAAGGGAUCCACAUGCCCAAUAAUUUCCAUAAAGUUACUGAUCUUUGCUCAAAGAUGAGUGCAUGCAAAUAUACAAAUAGUGUGCCCAACUACCAAUCAAAAAUAAUUAAAAAUAUUUAUAGCUGAGGUAGCUUUAAAAUGGAAGUUCACUCAAAAUAACUACAUUAACUAAGAUAUCAGUGAUAUGAGUAGAGAUCUUUUUGAAUUCAAAGGCAAAUGACUUACUCAGUAAACCAAUGCUAUACUUCAGUUAGGGCUUAAAUCUUUGUUUACUAUCUUCAGAUAUGUCAAACAAAUGCAUGAUCUUCAUGGCUGUUUCUGUGUGUGUCUAACUUACUGGUGCUGAACUGAAAAACAAAGGAACAAAAAUAAUACACCUAAAGAAAAGGAAUUCAUUAACUGGAACCAAAUCCAUUUAAUUCCAUGGAUUUGUUAAGUAGUCCAAGCUAACUUCAGACUAAAUAAUUGUUGAAUUAUAAAGCAAAUGCUUCUGUACCUUCCGAUUGCUCAGUAGUUCCCGUGAACAGAAUAUGCCUUUCUUUUUCCCCAGGAAAAGUGGAAUUUUACACCAUUUGAGCAAACUGAAAAAAAAAAAACAAAUUUCAAAAAAGCUGCUGACUCAGAUGUUGGCUAGAGGGACAACUGCAGAUGUUUAGGGCAGAUUUUUCUACCUAGUGCUGCUGCAAAGUAAUGGUUGGAAGCCCUGCUGCUAGCUGAGAGAAAGGACUUAAUUGAUCAGAGUAUCUGUAUAAAGAGUAAAUAAAAAAUUUGAAGAUGGAAGGGGAUAGAAGUGAACAUCACUCCCAAAGGAAACAGGUAAACCCUUUCUAUGUACGAUAUAUAUUUGCCUGGAAUGUGGGGAACAAAAAGAAUAUUUUAAGUCAGAGGUGAUUGAUUGGCUGUAUUAGUAAGACAAUUCACCUGCCAUGACUGUGCCUUUAGGGAGAGCAUGAAUUAUGUAUAAUGUACCACUUUUAUAGUAACUAACAGCUUCCAUUCAGCAGCUAUUCUUCUGAGAUCUUCAUUUAAAGAAACUCACUGUAUCUUAGUGUCAUUUAGGAUAUGAACUAUUAAGGAUGUUCAGAAUAAUACCAGUGAUGAGACUCACCGCAGUCCCGUGCACUUGAGAGAGGAAGCAAUUUGGAAAGAUGUGACAGUGAAGUUCCUGCGUUUGCAGAUUCACGACAUGGGUUUCCAAUCUAGACAUGCAGCAUGGGAAUUGUUAUUAUGCAACUGCAGAGGAUUAACUAGUUGCUAUAUUAUAUAACUUGAACACACACAGAGCUGUCAUCUGCCAUUAUUUCAAGUUCUGAGAGAUUAGGAAAUGGUGAGGUUAGAUAAACGUAUAGAAUUGCAUGUGUCUUACAUUCACGUCUUGCAGCUUUUAACAAUCAAGUUAUGUGUUGCUGCAUUGUGUAAUCAGACGAUCAGGCAUUUGUUCUGAAGCAUCAUCUUUUCUCACAGUUCUAAACAUACAGCCUUGCAAGUUAUUCUAACAUUUGAAGAUUUUUUUCACUGCUGCGCAGCUGUAGCUGCCUUAUUAAUUUAGACCUCACCGCUACAGAUCUGCAUGUCUCCUUCAUGCAUUUCCUUUGAUGUAGUCCUAAGGAAAUUCUUCAGGUAUUUGAAAAUGUUGUCCUGGGAUAAUUUUUAGGUAGCAUCAAGCAGCCAUUAGAUUCUCCUGCACUCUGUGUGUCUGCUGGGAUUGAAUUUCUAUUACAAUUGUUCUUACUCCUAGCAGAGUUCAGUCUGCUAAGGGUGCUUAGAACAGAUAAAAAUGUUCUAAUGUGCUCUGUGGAGCACUGGGAGCCUGCAAGUUAAAUAUCAGCCAUUUACACACCUUAUGAAUAUUGCGGAUCACAGGACAUUAUUUAACAAAAUAAUAUAGUGGUUAAGCAAAUAUUAUUUCCAUUUCUAUUCAGAUAUUUUUUCUAUAGAUAAGCAGAUGAUAGUAUAUUAUGUAUUCAAAGAGUUCACUGUCAGAGUUUUUUGAUGUAAGAACUGGGAAAUUCCUAGAACUGCCAGCCUGGCUUCAACCAGCAAUGGUACUGUAAGUGCCAGCAGCAGCAUUUCCAUGGGAACAGCUUUGGAGACAGCUGGAUGUCUCUGGCUGGGGGCAAUAAGAUUAAGAAAGAAAAGUGACCAAACUCCUUUCUUUCUGUACUUGAAUCUCAGUUCAAAUUGCUUUAGUAUGAGAAGUGCUAUUAAAAGCAGCAGAAAAUAGCUGUAUUUGUAAAACUGCAUUUUGUUUCAUUUAAGGACACUCAAGAUUGUGUACGCCAUUCCAGUGAUGUUCUGAUGUUUCUCCAGCUUAAAAUACUUUAAAAUAAUUUUCAAGUGUAUGAUUUCAAUUACUCUGCAACUAAGUAAGGCAACUGGGAAAGUAAAUAGUGGGGUUGUUGUAACAGACAUUUUCUGUAACAGAAACAUAUUAAAGUAUUUGUACAUCUUAUUAAAAUAAUAGUUACAUGACAUGGAUUGUUGGGGAAAAAAUAAAAGCAUUUGUGCAUCUUGUAA